GCCACAGUUUGUAUUUUGUUAUACAGAGACGUCCGCCAUUGUCGCGUCUAUCGUCAAAUAAAAAGUGUGAAAAUCGAGAGACCUAAAACGCAUUCAAAUUGUGCAAAUAGCUAACAUUUUAAGGCCAAGCCAGUGCAAAACGAACACACAGAAAACGCAGCGAAAUGGCCUCGCCCUCGCCGGCGAAUAGUCCGAUGCCGCCACCACAAGCACCCAGCCCCAUGGCGCCGCCAUCUCAGAGUCCUGCGCCCUCGCCGCACAGUCCCUAUCCGCACCAGCCGCCCCAAGGACCGCCUCAAGGGCCACCGCCCGGUGCACCCCACAUGCAAGGGCCUCCACCGCCGGGUCAUCCAGCUGGACCGUAUGGCCAUCCMAUGCAGCACGGACCACCCGGUCAAGGUCCCCCAGUACAUCAUAUGCCACCGCAUCAUCAGGGCAUGACACCUCAUAUGGGCAUGCAAAUGCCACCAACUGGACCGAAUAUGUCUCCACUUGGYUAUCAAACGCACGGCAUGCCGCCCAACGUAAGUGCACUAUAUAACWUUCUUAACUAUGUGAAUUUGUAGUCCUUGAUAUGAUCCGCCUGCUCGAU